GCUACGUGCUGUACACUAGCGUCCAUGUUGGGAGACAUACCAUGCACACAGCUAGUUAAAGGCUUGGAAAAGACCCGCACUGAAGAAUCCUAUUUCACUUUUUCUAACCCAGCUUCUCUCAGAUGGCUGUGACCUGGAAGACUUUUUUGGGUGUAACACUAUUAGCACCUGCAGAGCUGUAUGAGUUCUGUCUGGAGAGUCCUGAGGGGUUCAGACCACGUACCCCUCCCAGCCCUGAGUGGUAUCCGGGCCAGACCAGCGUGGCUGCUACGCCUGGGAGCAGAUCCCCUUCCUACUUUCAGCAGGCAGCCUGGCUUUCCCCAGCAGCCCUUAGCAUCAGCCAAGCAGUCUGCGGAGCUAAACAGGUGGAGGGGCUGGGGGCAGGGGCGCCGACGUGUGGGAAACGCUGGCCAGGCGGGUGGGAGAGAGACAGGUCUGUGCUGAGACCGGAGACACACUCUGCUGGCACGUCCUGCUGGCUUCCCCAGGGACGGGCCUGAAGGGCACAGCCAUGCAAAUUGGGACUUAAAUUAACUCUAUGUAAAUAGAAUUCUAUGUAAAAGUCUAAUGGAGUAGCAGUGAAGCUCACCGCACCCACCCACACGGAGAUGGGCAGUGGUUGCACACUGGUAGCCCCUGGACCACCUCUAGCCCACAGAUAGGUUCUGUUUGCCCAGCCCUGUGUUUGUUUUAUUCAAAGCAGGACAUUUCACGUGAGACUUUGGCUUCUUAUUUCUUUUAAAACAGUAGAAGAUCAGGCAGUGCUGAGCUGACGUUCCCACUUGGCAACAAUUGGGACUGAGAUAGUCAUGACCUUGUCCCCACCUGGUUGAUUUAUGUUUCCUCCCCAGCCCCUGGGGGCAUUUGAGUGGGAUCCUCGGACCACAUUCUCUUAUGUCCUUUCAGACCCACCUAAAUGCUCUCCUGGCAUCAUACUUAUCUAUUGGUUUUAGAGUUGUUUUUCUCCUGGUCUUUAAAAUCAAGGUUUGAUCAUAUCCCUCCCCUAUGUGAAGCCCUUCGCUAGUCGCCCCAAGGCAAGUUCCAAGUGACCCAGGAUCUGGCAUUCGAGGUGCUCAGUGGUCUGGUGCCACUCAAUGCUUGAGAGUGGGGCAGCAAGUUUAUGCAAUUCUGGAUGAAUGGAUGGAUGGAAGGAAAGAAAGAGUGCUGGGAGAGAGAGGCUAGCCCUGCAUGGUUCUCAGGAUGAUGGGAGAGGCACGGCGUACCCAGAAAAACCCCGUGAGCUUCCAGAAUUCCAUAUCCCACCAUGCAACCAGACGUGGUCCUCCCGGGAUCAGGGAAAAGGGGUCGGAGCUCAGUGGGUGAGCAAGAAAAACUGUCUGCAAGAUGUAAGUGACCAGAUGGCUCAAAGACAAACUCUUCCCAGCCCAGGCUCCUGCCUAGACACAGCAUCAUGCAUCUCCUUGGCCUCUCGCUUCUGCUUCUCGACCAUCUACGCCUGGGACGGGGCCUGUGUCUGGAUUCCCUGCAACUACAGGAUCCCAGGGAAAGAAAACAUCUUAAGCCACCUGAUCCUGUACCACAAUUUUUCUUAUGACAACACCAACAAGAAUUAUAGCGGGACCAUCCUCUAUAAGAACCAGAAAGCCAAGGAGUUUCCUCCUCAUCAGGAAAGGGUACAAUUCCUGGGAAAUGAGAGAGGCAACUGCACCCUCUACAUCAACCCUGUGAAAGUCAGCGACAGUGGCCAGCUGGGGCUGAGGCUGAUGACGGUGGGGCCUGAGAAGUGGAUGGAGUCCAUAGGCCUCAAUGUCUCUGAGAAGGCUCCUCCACCCCACAUUCAGCUCCCUCCGGAAAUCCGGGAGCUCCAGGAAGUCACCGUAACCUGCUCGCUGAAUUUCGCCUGCUUUGGGUACCAGAUCCAUUUGCGGUGGUCCCUGGAGGAGCCUGCUGUCAACGUGACCACCCUGGCCCCCAAGACCCCCCCGACCACCCACAUCACCCUCACCACCAAGACCAUCUCCAGCCAGAGCAACCUCAUGUUCCAGCCGCAGUGGACUCACCAUGGCAAGAAUCUGACCUGCCAGCUCUGGGACCCCACGGAACAGCACAUACUCUCUGAGAAAACGGUGCAGCUGGAUGUGAAGCACUUGCCCAAGUUGAAGAUCCAGGUCCUUCCCCGAGAAGCCACAGUAAUGGAGGGGGCGUCCGUGACCAUGGAGUGCCAGGUCAUCAGCAGCAACCCACAGCACCGGCAGAUAUCCUGGUUGAAGAAUGGGAACCCGCUGCCGGGGACAAAGAAUGUGCUAUUGCUGCCCGAAGUGACCAGGGACAUGAGUGGGAAGUACCACUGUGAGGCUGUCAAUGUCCUAGGCUCAGGAAAGUCGGAAGCCGUGGACCUCCAAGUGCUCUAUGCUCCGGAACCUUCCAGGGUUCAGCUCUCACCCUCGACAGUUCAGGAAGGAAAUCAAGUGAAGCUGACUUGUGUCUCACGGGCCAAUCCUCAUCCAACAAAUUACACCUGGUAUUAUAAUGGGAUAGAAAUGCCUGGAAGGACAAACCAGAACUUCCAGAUCCCAGAGGCCCUCCUCAGGCAUGCUGGGAGGUACUCCUGCUUGGCGGAAAACAGUCUUGGUCUUGGACAAGUUGGUGAGGAAGCUGAGCUGGACGUCCAAUAUCCCCCCAAGGAGGUAACCACGGUGAUUCAAAACCCCAUGCCGAUUCGAGAAGGAGACAGUGUGACCCUGCUCUGUACCUACAAUUCCAGUAACCCCAGAGUUACCCGCUAUGAAUGGGACACUGUAGGCUCCCGAGUAUUACCUGCGGGGCUGACCAUUCAAAAUGUUGCCUGGGACACAGGGCCAGUCAAAUGCGCAGCUUGUAACCAGUGGUGUUUUUGGUCUCCCCUCGUCAACCUGGAUGUCCAGUAUGCCCCCAAAGAUGUCAGAGUCCUGAUCAGCCCUCAUACUGAGAUUUACUCUGGGCACCGGGUCCUCCUCCAAUGUGACUUCUCCAGUAGCCGCCCUGCGGACAUCCACUUCUUCUGGAAGAAAAAUGGAAUCUUUCUGGAGGAAGGAAAGGACCUGAGCUUUGACUCCAUCUCUCCAGAAGAUGCUGGAAGUUACAACUGCCUGGUCAACAACUCCAUUGGACAGACUGAGUCUAAGGCCUGGGCCGUCCAAGUGCUGUAUGCACCCAGGAGGCUGCAUGUGUCUGUGAGCCCGAAAGACGGAGUGAUCGAGGGUGGGGAGGCAGUCCUGACGUGUGAGAGCGAUGCCAACCCUCCCAUCUCCCAUUACGCCUGGUUUGACUGGAAUAACCAAGACCUCCACCAUUACGAUCAGACGCUGAGAUUGAAUCCUGUGAAGGUCCAGCAGUCAGGCGCCUACUGGUGCCAGGGGACCAACAGGCUGGGCAGGAGCCAGUCGCCCCCCAGCACCCUCACUGUCUAUUACAGCGCAGCGACCAUCAGCAGGCGAGCAGCCCUGGGAGUGGGGUUCUGCCUGGCCGUCUUCAUCCUGGCAAUCUGGGGAGUCAAGCUUCAGCGGAGCUGGAAGCGGAUUCAGAGCCAGCAGAGGCUUCAGGAAAAUUCCAGUGGACAGAGCUUCUUUGUGAGGAAUAUAAAGGCUAGAAGGACCCCCCAAGCUGAAGGUCCCCACUCCCUGGGGUGCUACAACCCGGUGAUGGAAGAUGCAGUCUCCUAUGCUGCUUUGCGCUUUCCCCCUGGCGAGACUGACUCACCAAGACUUGGAGAUGCAGGGACCUCAGAGAUGCAGGGACUUUCCCCAAACAGGGACGACACAGUCACUUACUCCGUGGUGCAGAAGAGUCAGCUGGGCGACUAUGAGAACGUGACUCCAAGUGUCCUGGAAGAUGAGGGGAUACAUUAUUCGGAGCUGGUUCAUUUUGGGGCUGGGGAGCGGCCUCUGGCCCAGGAAGGAGUGGAAUACAUCAUUCUCAAGCACUGAAAGGCCAAACUGGUGGAGGUGGAGUUGCCCAUGGGCUGAGGCCGGGGUGGUCCUGGGGCUUUCUCAGCCCCUGCUGCUCAGCUGCAGUUACACACCCUCCCUCUAUACAUACAUACGCACGCAUGCACGCACGCACGAGGUUACUGCAACACGAGUUGGUGCAGAGAACUUUGUGCAUGGUCCAGAGACAGUCCUCCUUCUCAGAACUGAUAGCCCUGACCCUCCAAAGGGUCUGUCUCUGGCCCUUUCCCACUUGCCUUCCCACCCAGAAAUACCUACCCUGAGCUGUACAAACCCCCCUACCCCACCCCAGCCAUCUACCACCACCUACCGCCUCCCAAACCCCAUCCCCAGGUGGCCAUGUCCCUGCUCAGAUCAGCUGGUCAUUACUUUUCUUUCUUUCUCUCCCUAUGCCUUUGACAGCCCACCCCUGCUCUGAUAGCCCCACUCACUAAUCUUAAGCCUAAUUUUUGCCUCGGGGGCAAAGCCCAGGGGAAGAGUGACAGAAGUGAGGUAGAAAGAGGCACUGCCCUGGGCUGGUUUCUCCUCUGUGCAAGCGAGGCAUUCCACGGAGAGGACUAUGCUGCUGCAGCCCCUACCCUCAGGGGUCUCGUGGUCUAAGACACGCACUGAUGUGGACACACGUGUAACAGACACAGAGCUGCACAAUAAAAAUGGCUCAGGUACCACA